AUGCAGGAAGUCACAUGCAGCUUCAUUGACAUGUGAAACCUUCAAAAGGAAAAGAAGAGAAGUAAUGGAGUGUGUCAUUCAGAGCAAAACAUUCAUCAUGACUGGGGUAUGUUCUCGGAUCUUCUCAAUCUGGCUUCUUCUCUGUCUCGGAGUCUGUCCAUGCAGGGGUAUUACUAUUACAGGCUUCAGUGGUCAGAACGUCACUCUGCCCUGCAAGUAUGACUUCAAGUAUCAUGGGAAAUGUGAGAUAUGUUGGAUGAGGGGAGAUAUUCCAAGCAUCGGGUGUGGUAAUGAAAUCAUUGCCUCUGAUGGAGAUAAAGCGGUGAGGCAAACGUCACAGAGAUAUCAGCUGGAUGGAAAACUACAGGAAGGAAAUGCAUCUUUGACAAUCCACAACACUACGCUGGAAGACUCCGGAAGAUACGGCUGCCGUGUGCACGUACCUGGAUUGUUCAACGAUGUAAAAAUCACAGUCGAUCUGGUCAUUAUGAAAGGACCCACGUCUGAAGUGAAUUCCUUAUCACCAAGUACCCCAGAGAUGGUAACAGAACCGACAAACGUGACAGCCGCUAGCACAGGGCAGUACUCCAACACCUCGUCUCCAGAGACUAAUAAAAUUGAUCUUGUUAUGAAGGAGACAGAAUCAACAGAUUCUGAUACGGUUCCUGUGACUGUUGUAUCAAUCCUGCUGAUUCUCCUGGCCUCUGUCGCUGCCGUUUGUCUGAUACGGAAGAAAAAAAGAAGAACCAGCGAAUCUUUAGAAAUAGACCAGAACUCAAACCCCUCAGCCAUCUACAACAACUCAGACGUCAGCUUCGGUCUGCACAGCAGGUCAAUGGUUGUGGAAAACGUCUACCAAAUAGACAAUGAGAAUGAAUAUGAACAAUGGUCAACAUAAAUUAAGGAACUUAGUGUACAGUAUAAUCUAGCAUCUUUGGACUUUGUUUUCUGAUCGUCUUUUCCAGUUAAAUCAAUUUCUUUAUCCUAGAGAUAUUCAAAUGUUUAGACUGUAGUGUAAGUGUCAUUUGUAAAUGUUUAAGUUGUAAAUGUUACAUUAUAUACACCAGUCAGGCGAGUUUGACCAAAAGGGGCAAAUUGUGAUGGCUAGACCACUGGAUCAGAGCAUCUCCAAAACUGCAGCUCUUGUGGGGUGUUCCCGGUCUGCAGUGGUCAGUAUCUAUCAAAAGUGACGCAAGGAAGGAACAGUGGUGAACCGGUGACAGGGUCAUGGGCGGCCGAGGCUCAUCGAUGCACGUGGGGAGAGAAGGCUGGCCCGUGUGAUCCGAUCCAACAGACGAGCUACUGUUGCUCAAAUUGCUGAAGAAGUUAAUGCUGGUUCUGAUAGAAAGGGGUCAGAAUACACAGUGCAGGACGGGCAGCAAAAGGGGGACCAACACAUAUUAGGUAGUUGGUCAUAAUGUUAUGCCUGAUCGGCGUAUGUAAACGUUGAUCUGAAGUGUAAAGUUUGAUCUGUAGUGUCUAUAAGGUUAGUACUGAUGUGCUGCUACAACUUGCUGUGAUUAAAUGAUGAGCUCACAUGGUCUCCAGCAGUAUGGUCAUAUCUAUUUGAAGAAAAAUAAAUCCUUUCUUGAAAGUGAAAUCUGAACAAGACAAAAAUAAUGACAAAGGAGAAUUAGAAGGUGCCUCAGGCAAGAUGAGUCAAAGUUAGACAGGAUUAGAAUUAGUCACAUCUCCAGCACUUUUAAGUUUAGUUUACUCCUCGUGCCUGCUCACAGUUCCUGCCCACACACACAGGCACAGCAACGUUUUCUCUUCUGAGAAGCAAUAAUUGUGUCCUUACAGAUUAAAAUACACUUUAUUGUUAAAUAACUGUACCCAAAAUGGUGUUGUAUCUUCUAAUGUAUAUCAUACUGCACUUUUACAGCACAACACACCAAUUUAAACCGAUUAUAUAAGGCACUCAGUAGGUCUUCACUCUUAACUCUAGCCCAUCUGUUAUGCUAUGUGCACGGACGGGGUCAACCCCCACAUUCAUUAGUGGUAAGAAACCACAGGACGACCACUAGCCUGAUAUUGGACGAUGGAUCAAUCUCAGCACAAUAGUGACACUGUGUAUCAGGCAGUACAGCGUUGUU